ACCUAGGCACUUCCGCCCCUCUUUUUGACAGUGGCGCCGCAAUUUCAAUCUCGAGGCCAUACCGUUUUGGACCGUAACGUGAUGCACAACGGUGAGUGGGCUGCGGUAGCCAUGAUCUCAAGCCGGUAGGUCAGAAGAGGCACGACUCGGUAAUGGGGGAGAUUUGGAGCCUACCUUUUAUCAAGGGCCGUUUCCCUCUCAUCUGCUUCUUCCUCUCUGCUAUACAUUCUUUUUCUAUCACCAUCUCGUGUUCGUGUUUUCGUUGCAGCCGGUUUCGGUUGUUAUCCACUCUCCUUAAGCAAACUGUGUUUGCGUCCUCUCAUUUCGGCCUUUGGCUGUAUCACACUCAUUCUUAACAAUUACACGUUACACGGGUAUAGAUUCUGAUCUCUACAUAUCGUCAUUCUUAUCGCUAUCGAUAUGCGUGCAUCAUCCACAAUCGCCAGUGCUGCAGCUGCAGUAGCUGCAUUCUCGGGCGCAGCAUCUGCUUUGACUGCCUCUGCAAAGACUAACGUCGUCACAUACUGGGGUCAAGGUCCCAACCAAGGCAGUCUUCAAGAUGUCUGCAAGAACCCCAAUGUCGACAUUGUCGCCAUCGGAUUCAUCAAUGUAUUCCCUGACCAAGGAGCCGGUGGCUGGCCUGGUUCGAACUUCGGCAACGCUUGUGGUAGCGAGACUUACACAUACAAUGGCACAAAGACACAACUCUACUCGAACUGCCCCAACAUUGGUACCGAUAUCGCCAUUUGCCAGAAGGUUUACAAUAAGAAGGUUCUCCUCUCCAUUGGUGGUGGAUACCCUACCAACUACUUCAUCAAGAACGAAACAAGUGCUGUAAACUUUGCAAACUUCCUCUGGGGUACCUUUGGACCUGUCAAGAACGAAUGGACCUCGACUGGUGGCCCUCGCCCCUUCGGCGAUGCUGUUGUUGAUGGCUUCGACUUUGAUAUUGAGAGCGAGCUCUCUUCCGCCCCUGUUGUCAACGGCAAGGCUCUCACCAACUACAAGACCAACGGCUACGCCAAGAUGAUCAGCACUUUCAAGAACACCCUGUACCCCCAGGACUCUGUCAAGCCUUACUACGUUUCUGGUGCACCCCAGUGCGUCGUUCCCGAUGCCCACUUUGCUGGUGUCGUCGAGAACGCAUGGUUCGAUUUCCUCUUUGUACAGUACUACAACACUGCUGCUUGCUCUGCACGCCAGGCCAUCACUUCUGGAACUUUCAAGGGCUACAACGACUGGACUGGCGUCAAGUCCUUGAACGCCGAUGUUAAGAUUCUCGUUGGUCUGCCUGGAAGCACUGCUGCUUCGAGCGAUGCCAGCUACUACCUCACGCCUUCUGAGGUGAAGACUCUUGUAAGCAAGGUUUACAGCAACACCAGGUUCGGCGGUAUCAUGGUUUGGGAAGCUACUUACGCUGCAAACAACGUCAUCUGCAACAGAAACUACCUUACCUGGAUGAAGCAGAUCCUCAAUGCGCAGGCUGAUGGUACUACUCUCAAUACUGCCACCAACCCUUGCCCGGCUGCACCCAUCUCCAAGGAUGGUACUUGCGGUGGCUACAACGGAUUCACCUGCGCCGGUUCUGCCUUCGGCUCAUGCUGUUCCAAGUACGGAUACUGUGGCUCUUCUGCUGAUUACUGCAGCACUGCCAACUGUGAUGCAACCUUCGGCAAGUGUGGUACUCAGGUCUCCAGCUCUUCCAAGGUCUCUUCUUCAUCGAGCAAGAAGAUCUCGUCAAGCUCGUCUAGCAAAAAAGUCACAUCCAGCUCUUCCUACAAGGCUUCUUCCUCGACCAAGGCUUCUUCUUCCACCAAGGCCGCCGCCGUUGCCGGGAAGUUUGCUGCCGCUGACAACAACUCCACCCUCAUUGCUGGCACUGCUCCCGCAUCUGCUAUCAUUGCCCCUCUUGGUACUGGUCUCGCUGCCGCCGCUGGAACUGGCGGUCUGAUCGGUACUGGUGCCCCCAUUGUCGUUGCAGAGACCAUCUAUGGAACUGCCCCUGUUUCUGCCGCCAGAGUUACUCCUUCGGCUGGCUUCCCUCAGGUUGCUCCCUACGGCAACUCGACCUCUCCCAAGUUUGGUAACGCUGGUAGCAACGCCAACAAUGCCAAUGGUGCCGGUGCUGUGCAGAUUGUCGACACUACAAUUUUCGUCACUCGCACCAUCUAUCAGACUCAGGUCCAGCCUGUUACCCGCACUGACGCUCAAGGUUCCGAGACUACCGAGUACGUGACCGAGACCGUCAUGGUCUACACCACUGUCGCACCUGUUGCAACUCAGAUCGCCACUCCCAACAAAGCCAAUGCUGGUAACGCCAACGCUGGCAACUCGAACACAGAAAACUCCAACGCCGGCAACUCGAACGCUGGAAACAGCAACUCAAACUCCGACUCAUCCAACUCUGCUUCUUCAGACACCGUCGCCGACCAAACCGGUCAAACCUCCUCCGGAAAAGUGUGAUGUGAUGUGAUGGUCGCAGGUAGAAAUCCUGCUGGUUUGGGAUCUUUUUUUGACGACUUGCAUUUCUUUUUCUUUUUGUUGAUCUGAUUCUUGGAUAUUACUUUUUUUAUGCUUCGUCGGAUGGAAGAGCGAGAUGGUCUUGACUCUUACUUCUAUUUCUUUUGUAUAGUGGGUGAGCUUGAUGCUUUAUGGUGGAAAGAUUCUUUUAUUGUUCUUAUGAAAUGAUGUUUAUAUCUCUGUUAUCAAUUCACGUCCCGAUUUC